AUGGGCCCUUCCUUCUGCACCGGUAGAGACAGCCUCACGGUGCAAGACUGCUGCACCCUCCAGAACCAGCACUCACUGUCGAAGGGCGUGGCCAUCGUCUACUCGCCGGCCUCCUCGCCCAGCGACCUGUACUCGCGCGGGGCGGACCACGUCAGCCUCCGCGGCAUCUCCGUUACGGAGGAGGAUGCGAACGAGGAUCGCGUGCAGGUGCGUGUCGAGGGCUACUACGAGAACAACGGCGUCGGUGUGCUGAUCCCAAACGACCUGCCGCGAAGCACGUUGCUCUACGUCCUUACCGCCUCCGACGGCCGUGAUUUGAUGUUCAAGCUCAUCCAGUACAGCCUGCAGCUCGCCAUCUGCCUCCUGAAGACGUCGUCUCUAUUCUCGCCCGAGGUGCAAGUGCUCAUGGGCCGGAUAGCGGAGCGGCUUUACCGCAACUACAACACGAUCCGCCACGGCCGCAGCCUGUUCAAGAUGGGUCGCGGCCUGCUCAACCUCUUCACACUGCAGGCAGUAUGUGAGCGAAUGUGGAUGAAGCACGAGAGCGGCAUCGCACGCGCCACGUGUGCCGUCAUGUUGCCCGUCGUGUCGCGCCUGGAGCGAGGGUUGAUUCUGAUGGGGGCCUCGUCAUUGUGGGGACAGUGUCUCUCGGGUCGACUGCUGCGUUGGGCGCAAGCUGCCCAGGCUAAACAGGGGCAGAGCCGCGGCGAGGUGCCCGAGGACUCAAUGGUGGCGGACUGGCGCAUUCAACAACGCAUGCGUGAGCAGCCAUCCAAGUCGCCGGCAAAGGACACGCUGCUGGCAGACAAGAUGUGCACACACGCCUCUGAGGUGGAGAAGGCCGCGCAGGCUGCCGGCGGGAGUUUCACUGAGCUGAAGUCCUGCAGUGGCAGCACCAGCUUGACGCCGCAGAAAGCAACUGACUAUGCGGGCGACGCCGUUAGUAGCGGCGGUGCGGAGAUGUUGCAGCCCGUGUUCCCAUGCACAGCGGGGGUGGGUACUCGGACAAACAUCUUCAGGGAACGCCCUGGGCAGCAGUCCCCCGCCACGGGCGUGAGUGAGCUGCCGCUGCCUCCGAGCGUGUCGUUCUGCAGCCUGUCGGCAGAGGCUGGUGCGGCGGACGACUGGGGCGGACGGACACCCAAAACCGCCACGGCAGCUCCAACGCCGAUCGCGGGAAGUAAAUGUGACUCCACUGGCCCUCGGGCGCUACCACGUGUGGCCUCCGACCCCGCUGUCAACUCCGCCUUCACGACGUCCUCAGGCGAGGAGGACAUCGUCGAGCCGCACGACACGGAUAAUCUGACUCUCAUUCGCGAGACCGUCCACCGGCAGCUCCAGCGGCACGGGCUGACGCCGUCCGCCACCGCCGACGCGGCAACCAACGCACUCAGUCCCGCGACGGAAGACUGGGUCGACAAAGCAGGUCGCAAAACGUUACUACGCCCGCUGAAGCGGCCCUCGAACAACGGCACCCCCGCCCCUACCGCUAACAGCAGCGUCACGAGCGGCGACGUGGGCGAUCACCUCCAUGGGGGUGCAGAGAACAGUAUCACUCAUAAAAGCACGCCAUUGAUGCCUGCGCCGCGCUCGCCGUCGUACGAAUCUAUGUCAAGUCAGCUGAUGACGGAGCUGGUGAGUGGUGAUUGUUUGACACCUGGGGACGGCCCACUGUCAGUGCCGAACAACUGGCGCAUGGCCUGUGCACCAACCGUGCCGCCGAGUCACUCUGACGAGCCUGUCGCAUCCCCGGCACUGCCUUACUCCUCUGUUGAUUUGCUGUCGCCGCUGAAGCCAGCCUGGCUGUCCUGUACAACUGCAUCGCCGUCCGAAGUGACAACGAAGCCGGAUGGCACCACGAACUCUACUUCCAGAGUCGAGAGCGCCGACACGCAGCCGCCGCCACCACCGUUGUCAUCUGCAGCUGGCGUGUCCACGAGCACGCAGGCUGUCCUGGCGUCGUCGGUCGAUGGCACGCAGCAGGAAGGUCAGCGGGAGUGCAGCACCGCGACGGCGAUUCACGAUACUGAGCGGAAUGAUCAUCACUCAUCAUCCUUGCGCAAUCACUGGACAGCCUUCAUGCUUGCCUCCACGCCACCAGCGACUGCCGUGCUGUGUACCUCAGUAUUGCCCAUGACGACGUCCACUAGAGCCUCCUCCAUCUCCAACGACGUCCCACCGCUGCCAGUGGAAAAGUACUGCAGGGAGAGUGACCUUAGCAUUCUCUCCACCAGCACGGUGACCGGCUUCCACGAGUACAAGGACAACCAUAUCGGCGCGCACUCGACGUGGCUGAGGGAGUUGCAGCCGGCGUCUACAGCGUUGCCAGCGCGGUGGCGCAAGGGUGUGUUGCAGUUUAAUUCGGCGCUCAUGGCGCUUCUCGGCUUCCGCAACUUGGCUGCAGCGUGUCGGCGAUUCCUGCGCGACGCCACCCUUAUCUCCACAGAACACUUCACCACCUUCACGUUCAUCGAGGCGCACCGCCGAGUCAUCACCCUCAUCAUCAACCGCUGCUGGCUCGUGGUGUCUAUCAUCGACCUGCUGCUCAAUACGGUGCGACUGCUGCAGCCGGGCUGGGUCAAGUAUACGACAGCACGGCAGAACAUACACUGCCGGUGUGGCUGCAGCGGCGACGACGACCCGGAAGACAGGGUCUGGCGCAUGCAUGGCUUCAUUGCACGGCGCAAGACGAACCUCUUUUUCCCUCCGCUGGACCUCGACUACGGUGCGCCGUUUGUAUCGAGCCUCGCCUAUGUGGAGGCGGCGGAUCCGGCAAGGUUGAUGCCGGCCUGCAGUCGUUGUGGAUUUCUCUACCGCGAAAUCUUCUCCGAAUCGGAUCAAGGAGAGGAGGCAGAGGAGGCCGACGCAAGUGGCGGUGUGCCGGUGUCACCGUCACGCACGCUCGCCGUGACGUCGAAGGCAGAAGCCAAUACAUCGUUCGUCCAGCACACAGCGGCGGCGCCGACCACUGCUGCAUCGCUCAGCGAGGAUGGUCACACAGAGGAAACCCGCCGUUCCCCGACAAGGAUGGCUCUCGGUUCACCAGGUCUGAUAGAGCGCGAGAAGCCGCGUUGGGUUCAGCUGUACAACGAUGAGGUCAUGAGGGUUGAGUCACAGCAGCAGCAGCAACGCCUUCGUAGCCCUGGCGCGCGGUGGGAAGCGCAAAACCCCAGCGAUGAGGCGCACCAAAACUCGCCUGUGGAGCAGCUGGUGAAUCGCCGCAACAGUCAUGCGGUGAAGACCUCCGUCGGCGACGGACAGCCAGCAGACGAGAUGCAUCAGCGGCGCAAGAGCGGUGCGGCUCACAAGCGAGCAGCUGAGUCCUCGGCUGGCAUACUCUUGGUUCCGUGGGUCAUGCGAAAGUUCUUCGACUAUGUGUGGCUUCUGCGCGUGCACCCGAACCUGACAUCGACAGUUCUGCUGGAGGCACGUUGCAUCGCCGAGCUGUACCUCGCCUACAAGUACUGCUUUGGCAAAUUUGAAUCCUUUAGGUCUGAUGCCCCGCUGAGCGCUAUCCUCUACCCGUACGGUGCCUUGGCAGGCAUGGUGAGUGCCUCCGUGGGGCUGCUGCGCGUCAUUGAAAGCGCGCCGGCCUCGUAA